CAAUUGAAACCCUACUACCUCUUAUUUCGUUCCCUGUCUCUCUCUGUCUCUCUCUCGCUCUCUCUGUUCCGUGGUCGGCUCGCUCCGGCGGCUUCUUUACGUUGAUUACUCGUGUGAAAGGUGAUUAACAAGCUCUUUUCGCAAACUUAUCAACGAAGCAAUGACGCUGUCGGACGAGGAAAUCAAUAGGCUUUUCAGGAUUCGAAGAACAGUGAUGCAAAUGCUGAAGGACCGGGGAUAUUUUGUUGGGGACUUUGAGAUUGACAUGACCAAAGAGCAGUUCAGGAAUAAGUACGGUGAGAGCAUGAAAAGGGAAGACCUUGUUAUCAAUAAAGCCAAGCGAAACGAUAGCUCUGAUCAGAUCUAUGUUUUCUUUCCUGAGGAACCAAAGGUUGGUGUUAAGACAAUGAAGACUUACUCCCAACGAAUGAAGUCAGAGAAUGUUUUCAGAGCAAUCUUGGUCGUUCAGCAUAAUUUAACUCCUUUUGCUCGGAGCUCCAUAAAUGAGAUUUCUACAAAAUUCCAAUUGGAGGUUUUCCAGGAGGCAGAAUUGUUGAUAAACAUUAAAGAGCAUGUUCUUGUCCCUGAGCAUCAGGUACUUACAAUUGAGGAGAAGAAAACUUUGCUGGAAAGGUACACCGUGAAAGAAACUCAGCUGCCUCGUAUUCAAGUGACUGAUCCAGUCGCGAGAUAUUAUGGGCUGAAGCGUGGACAAGUCGUGAAGAUAAUCCGGCCAAGCGAGACUGCAGGCCGAUAUGUCACUUACCGUUAUGUUGUAUAAGUACUUCUUACAUCUUAGUAACUUGCCGAGAAAAGUGUUGUAACCGGACCUGAGUGGAAAGUGUUCAUUGCCUAUGUCAAAAUGGCCAAAGAACCAAACUCAACGACUUUGUAAUGAAAAUUUAAAGACGAACCCUGUUUUGACCUUAUUUAUGGGUAUUUCUGAUCAGUUGUGCA